CGCCCGCUCCCUCUCCCCGGAGUGCGCCGCUUCCAAACUUUGUCUAAACUUUCACUUUCACAGCGCGGCGGCGGCGGCGGCGGCGGCGGUGGCGGGCGAGGGCGAGCGGCCGAGCGGCGGCGGCAUGGAGUAGACGCGCGGCGGCGGCGGCGGUGGCGGCGGCGGCGGCGGCGGCGGCGGACGCGAGAGGCAGCGGCGAGCGCGGCGGCGGCCCGGAGCCCGCGGGGCCGAGCCUGUGAGCGCGGAGCGGCGGCGGGCCGAGCGGGGCCGCGGGCCGGGCGGGCGCCGCGCGGCAGAGGCCGGAGCAGCGGAGCCGGAGCCCGAGCGCCAGCCAGCGCGACGCCGCCUGCCGGGCCUGCCCUCGCCGCGGCCGGCCUCCGCGCUCGCGCCCAGGCGCCCAGCGAUGUACUCCCCGUACUGCCUCACCCAGGGACGGGAGGUUAAAGCGGGAUGAACUCCUCUCUUUUCUUCGGAUGUCCCACGUUUUUAAAGGAUGAGUUCCACCCGUUCAUCGAGGCGCUGCUGCCUCACGUCCGAGCCUUCUCCUACACCUGGUUCAACCUGCAGGCGCGGAAGCGCAAGUACUUCAAGAAGCACGAGAAGCGGAUGUCAAAGGACGAGGAGCGCGCCGUGAAGGACGAGCUACUGGGCGAGAAGCCUGAGAUCAAGCAGAAGUGGGCAUCCCGGCUGCUGGCCAAGCUGCGCAAAGACAUCCGGCCCGAGUUCCGCGAGGACUUCGUGCUAACCAUCACGGGCAAGAAGCCCCCCUGCUGCGUGCUUUCCAACCCCGACCAGAAGGGCAAGAUCCGGCGGAUUGACUGCCUGCGCCAGGCUGACAAGGUGUGGCGGCUGGACCUGGUCAUGGUGAUUUUGUUUAAAGGGAUCCCUUUGGAAAGUACUGAUGGGGAGCGGCUCUACAAGUCGCCCCAGUGCUCGAACCCCGGCCUGUGUGUCCAGCCACAUCACAUUGGAGUCACAAUCAAAGAACUGGACCUUUAUCUGGCUUACUUUGUGCACACUCCGGAAUCCGGACAAUCAGAUAGUUCAAACCAGCAAGGAGAUGCGGACAUCAAACCACUGCCCAACGGGCACUUAAGUUUCCAGGACUGCUUUGUGACGUCUGGGGUCUGGAAUGUGACAGAGCUGGUGAGAGUAUCACAGACUCCUGUUGCAACUGCAUCAGGGCCCAACUUCUCCCUGGCAGACCUGGAGAGCCCCAGUUACUACAACAUAAAUCAAGUGACCCUGGGACGGCGGUCCAUCACCUCCCCUCCUUCCACCAGCACCACCAAGCGCCCCAAGUCCAUCGAUGACAGUGAGAUGGAGAGCCCGGUUGAUGACGUGUUCUAUCCCGGGACAGGCCGCUCCCCGGCAGCUGGCAGCAGCCAGUCUAGCGGAUGGCCCAAUGACGUGGAUGCAGGCCCUGCUUCUCUAAAGAAGUCAGGAAAGCUGGACUUCUGCAGCGCCCUCUCCUCUCAGGGCAGUUCCCCACGCAUGGCUUUCACCCACCACCCGCUGCCUGUGCUUGCUGGAGUCAGACCAGGGAGCCCCCGGGCCACAGCAUCAGCGCUGCACUUCCCUUCUACGUCCAUCAUCCAGCAGUCGAGUCCGUAUUUCACACACCCAACCAUCCGCUACCACCACCACCAUGGGCAGGACUCGCUGAAGGAGUUCGUGCAGUUUGUGUGCUCUGACGGCUCUGGUCAGGCCACCGGACAGCCCAACGGUAGCGGCCAGGGCAAAGUCCCGGGGUCAUUUUUGCUACCGCCGCCGCCUCCAGUGGCCAGACCUGUGCCCCUUCCUAUGCCUGAUUCCAAAACCACCAGCACGGCCCCAGACGGCGCCGCCUUGACUCCUCCAUCACCUUCAUUCACAACGACAGGCGCCUCCUCUGCCAACCGGUUUGUCAGCAUCGGAUCCCGGGACGGCAACUUUCUGAACAUCCCACAGCAGUCUCAGUCCUGGUUCCUCUGAUUAAGAUCAACAAAGAAACAACAAAAUUAAAAAAAAAAAAAAAAGAGGUUCCUCAAAAUGGGGGAGAAGAAAUUUUGAGACAUGGAAUUAUCCCCCAGCCCAGCCCCACCGAAAAGCAAAACUUAGCCGUCGUCAGCCACUCAGCCCUCCCCUCCUCCAGCCCGGGUACCCCUGCGGUCCAAAGCCGCCCAGUUCUGGGAGCCCUCGGAAGGGGUCUCAGCGGAGUUGUACACCAGCAGCCAAGCAGAAAGAAGCGUGCGAAGCGGACUCUGCUAAGCAGAGGACAAACAGAAAGAAAGGACAAGACUGCCUUCCUCCUACCCAGCCCGGCCUUCCCAGGAAGGAGCAGCCAGCUCCCUGGCCGGCUUCCCCGGCAGUUCCCGGGGACCCCACCCUCCGCUGGAUCUAAGCUUCCCUUGGAGCCCAGAGGAACAGCUCGUAACGAUAGCAGACAUUCGAGCUCCCCUCCGGACUUCGUCUUUGCUCCCUCUCUCUCUCGCCCUUCCCGGGAGCCUCUGCUCAGGCUCCCGGCCCCAGCUGCUCUGGACCAGGCUAGGACGUUCCCGGGGUGGGUAAGGGAUGCGCCUUAGAGCUAGCUGAAUUCAGCCUGAGUCCAGAAUAGAGGGUGUUCCGCCACCCCAUUUUGAACCGCCCGGGCAGUUCUCGGGCUGGACCCCCUCUGUACAGCACACAGGAAAGUCAGAAGGCUCCGGACUAGACGCUCAGCCCAGCGUUGGCACCCUCUGCCACGCCCGCAGGCCGCGAGGGCUCUUGCCCUCUGCCACGCCCCUAGUGAAGGGAGUCGGCCCCAGGUCGCUCCGCACCCCAGCCCUGCAUGCAGGUGCCCUCGCUCCGCCCCUCUGCCCUGCCCCUGCCCCUGCCGCACACAGCCCUCCAGGGGCCGGCUGAGACUGGAGCAGAAAGGGCCCCGGAGCUGAGCGAGGACAAGGCGGCCUCCACCUGCGCUAGGUAGGCGUCCUGCUGUCGAGACUUUGAGUUCCUGUGGAGGGUCGGGGUGGGGGGUCACCCUUUUAAAAAGAGUGUUCUGGAGCUUUCUGGUCCCCUUCCCACCACACCCCGUGGCCACUUCUCCCUAGAUUUUAGCUCUAAUGUCUUUCCUCUUUAUUUAGGGGUGGGGCAGUCAUUGUUUGGGUCUUUUGCUGUUGCAGUUGGGAACUCCUCUGUUUGAGCAACUUGGGAACAAUUUCGUAACACACCACAGGAAGCAGCUCUUCUCCCGGGCCCCUCCCCCUGUAAGGGAUGGUGGAGGCUUGUCCAGAGGGUCUUGAGAAGCCCCCUGGGAGGGAGGGGAGCGCGAGCACGCCAGCCCCCCUGCAGGGUGACUGGGCCCCUCUGGCUUGUCUUUCUGUGCCUUACUCCUCCUUCCCCGCACCCCCCUCCCAGGCCCGUUCUCAAGGCCUUGCGCCUCUCUCUCCGGUUUGAAAACACAAAGCACAGGUCAGGAUCCUCCGAAAGUCGGUCCAGCAUUGCACCACGUGGGGGUGGGUUGUGGGCUUUAUUUAUUGAGAAUCUAGUUGGUGAGGCUGCGGCCCUGAGCAGGCGAAUGGCCGCUAGCUGGGGGCUCGGGGCUGCGAGGCGGCUGUCCUGGCGCUCUGAGUGGAAGUUGAGCGAAGCCCUCCCCUGCGGCGUCGAGGGCCAGGCCGGGGUGGACAUCCCGUGGGGGGGGGGGCCUCCCUGUGCGAGGGGAGGGAACCCCAGGGUGGGGGGCCGGGCGGGCCGGGCGUGACGCGCGGUCAAAGUGCAAUGAUUUUUCAGUUCGGUUGGCUAAACAGGGUCAGAGCGAAGAGCUAAAGGGGGGUCCCUGCCCGGCCGCGUGCGCCUCUUCGGUUGGUCGAGGACAGUCGGGCUGUGGGCGCUGUGGGAUUGCGGGGCACAAGCCCCGGGCGAGGUCAGAAGCUGCAGGCCAGCUGGGCCGGGGCCCAAGGUGCCCGGAGAAGCACCCUCGGGAGGACUUGGGUGGGGAUGGCGCUCCUUUCCCAAGUGGUGGUGUGAGGGGCAGGCAGGGAGGAUGAGGGCGACAGAUGUGGGGACGUGUUUAGGAGAGGAAACAACCCACAAAAAAAAAUAUAGGGGAAAUUAACCUUUUUUUUUUUU